AUGAAUGCCCGGUCCAAAGUCGCGGCCGCCCGCACGCCACCCGCGCGUGCGGAAACCUUGCUUGCCUGCACCUGCAAUUGCUUCUCCUCGGUCGGGAUGCUGUUGUACAACAAGUUGGCUAUCGAGGCCUUCCCCUUGGAGUGCAGUCUUGUGUGGAUGCAGCUGGCUUUUGCCACGCUCGUGAUCCUCUGUUUCGCAUGGCCUUCGAUCCACAUCGGCAGCUUCAGGGAUUUGUGCAGAUGGUCCGCGGUGGUUCCGUUUUAUUGCGGCAUGCUGAUGACGUCCAUCUUGGCACUCAAAAGCGCGCCCAUGUCUCUCAUCAUCGUCAUGCGGAAUGCCUCGCCCCUGGCCGCUUUGGCCAUCGAGCGCUUCUACCCGGCCCCGUUGAGGAUCAGUGCCCCGAUGCUCUUCAGCAUCAUGAUCAUGGUGGCCGGCGCGGGCAUGUACGUGUCCCAGCUCCCCCACGAACACCUGGAAGGUGUUGGGUGGGUCCUGCUUAACAGUGCCGUGGCUGUCGGAGACCGGCUACUGCAGCGGCUCCUGCUUUCCAAAGAUCAGCAACCCGUCGACAUCUCAAGACCCGGCGUAAUCCUCAUCAACAACCUCUGUGGGCUUUUGCCGGUGGGUUUGCUUGUGUUGAUGCACGGGGAAGCUGCUCAACUGUCACAGGCCUAUGCGUCACUAAGUUCCUGGGGGGUCCUCUACAUUUUCCUGUCUUGUCUCAUCGGUGUGUCCCUCAGCUACACAGGGGUCUGGGCACAGAGCCUGAUCAGCGCCACCAGCUUCCUGGUCAUGGUCAAUGCCAACAAGUUCGUGAUCGUCGGCAUCGAAGCUUUCGGCCUCCACGCGAAAGCGCUGAGCCCUUUGCAGGUGGCUGGGGCCAGCAUCACCAUCCUGGGUGGGAUCCUCUACAGCAUGGAGCGCGAGGCUCUUGAGAAAGAGGAGCCUGGGGAGAAGGGGCCGCUGCUGCCGUCCGGGAAGCCAUGA